AUGGCUAAGACUUGCAUCUCGUCUCCCUUCCCUGCCCUGCCUGCCGGAGCCGUGUUGGUUUGCUUACACUUCUCAAUUGGGCAUGACCGUUGCUUCUCAGGUCCUCUGCUCACCGCCAUCUCAACAACACAAUGGAGGGCAUCCUGUUCCUUCUAUGGCCUCAUCUUGACCAAUUCAUCACAUGCCCAGAAUCACCAAAUGGACCCUUUUAGGACGCCUGCCUACAAUGCAAUUGCAGAUGCAGAUAUGCACAUUCGAGGUAUAUUCCCAUCUCUGUCUCCUGCUCUAGUGAGCGAUGCUACCGCAGUGCUGCAUCCCGCUUCCGAAAUCAGAGAUUAUUGCAUCUUGUUCAUAGACGUGGUGACUCUUGUUUUGCCCAUGAGACUCAUUAGGAUCUUCACCGCUCAUAAAGUGACGAGUCUCGAACGCAACGUCUUGGAACCCGAUGGAUUGAGGCAAGACACUCAUGGAAUGUAA